CCCAGCCCGUGGAUCAUGGCAAAUCUGAGUCAGCCCUCAGAAUUUGUCCUCUCAGGCUUCUCCUCCCUCGGCGAGCUGCAGGCUCUUCUGCAUGGCCCCUUCCUCAUGCUUUACCUUCUCGCCUUUGUGGGAAACACCAUCAUCAUAGUUAUGGUCAUAGCUGACACUCACCUACAUACACCCAUGUACUUCUUCCUGGGCAAUUUUUCCCUGCUGGAGAUCUUGGUAACCAUGACUGUAGUGCCCAGGAUGCUCUCAGACCUGCUGGUCCCCCACAAAGUCAUUACCUUCACUGGCUGCAUGGUCCAGUUCUACUUCUACUUUUCCUUGGGUUCCACCUCUUUCCUCAUCCUCACAGAUAUGGCCCUUGACCGCUUUGUGGCUAUCUGCCACCCACUGCGCUAUGACACGCUGAUGAGCCGGGCUGUGUGUGUCUGGCUGGCUGGGGUUGCCUGGGCAGUUCCUUUCCUAGCCAUGGUACCCACUGUCCUCUCUCGAGCUCAUCUUGAUUAUUGCCACGGCAACGUCAUUAACCACUUCUUCUGUGACAAUGCACCUCUCCUGCAGUUGUCCUGCUCUGACACCCACCUAUUUGAAUUCUGGGACUUUCUGAUGGCCUUGGCCUUUGUUCUUAGCUCCUUCCUGAUGACCCUCAUCUCCUAUGGCUACAUAGUGACCACUGUGCUACGGAUCCCCUCUGCCAGCAGCCGCCAGAAGACUUUCUCCACCUGUGGGUCUCACCUCACACUGGUCUUCAUUGGCUACGGUAGUACCAUCUUUCUGUACAUCAGUCCUGGCAAAGCUCACUCUGCGCAAGUCAAGAAGGUCGUGGCCUUGGUUACUUCAGUUCUCACACCCUUCCUCAAUCCCUUUAUCCUUACCUUCCGCAAUGAAACAGUUAAAACAGCGCUACAGGGGCAGAUGCAGAGGCUGAAAGGCCUUCGCAAAGCACAACGAUGAGCCCAGGGCGCAGGGGGACCUGGUCUGUCUCCAUUGAGCAGUUCUGUGAGGAGGGA